GCGAGCUCUCCCAGCUGCUGCGCAAAAACAGACGCAGAAAUUCAUCGGGAGCGAGGCGUUGGGUGGUAUAAUCGGUGCAUGUCAGAGCACACCCUGAGCGAUGGCCUCGGCUUCUAUACCAGCAUACAGUUCAAACGCCCUAGAAAACAGUUCCACUAAGAACGCUUCAAGAGAGAGUCUAAAAAUGGAGCCUCUGUCUGACAUGCCACUGCUGCCGGGGGAGGAGAGGGUGAUAGACAAAGACAUCAUCUACAUCUGCCCAUUUAGCGGAGCAGUGAAAGGGAAGGUGGUCAUCACCAAUUACAGACUGUACUUCCGCAGCGUGGAGGCGGAACCUGUAGUGACUUUUGAUGUGCCGCUGGGAACCAUCAGUCGGGUGGAGAAAAUGGGCGGGGCUUCCAGCCGGGGGGAGAAUUCCUAUGGGCUGGACAUCACCUGCAAGGACAUGAGGAACUUGCGGUUUGCUCUGAAGCAGGAGGGCCACAGCAGGAGAGACAUCUUUGAUAUCCUGUUUCGGCACGCUUUCCCUCUGUCCCACGGCCUGCAGCUCUUUGCUUUCCUGAGCCAGGAGAAGUUCGAGGAGAACGGGUGGAAUGUGUACAACCCCAUGCAGGAGUUCAGACGCCAGGGUUUGCCCAAUGACAGCUGGCGCAUCACCUUCCUGAAUGAGAACUAUGAGCUAUGUGACACCUACCCUGCCCUGCUGGCCGUGCCGUUCAAGGCCUCCGACGAGGAUCUGCGCAAAGUGGCCACCUUUCGCUCCCGCGGCCGCAUCCCUGUGUUGUCAUGGAUACACCCGGAGAAGCAGGCGGUGAUCACCCGCUGCAGUCAGCCCCUGGUGGGCAUGAGCGGGAAGCGUAACCGCGAUGACGAGCGCUACCUGGACCUGAUCCGCGAGGCCAACGGCGGCACCAGCAAGCUCACCAUCUUCGACGCCCGGCCCAACGUCAACGCCGUAGCCAACAAGGCGACGGGAGGCGGGUACGAGGGGGAGGACUACCAGAACGCCGAGCUGGUCUUCCUGGACAUCCACAACAUCCAUGUGAUGCGGGAGUCUCUGAAGAAGCUGAAGGACAUUGUGUACCCACAUGUGGAGGAGGCACACUGGCUCUCCAGCCUGGAGUCCACACACUGGCUGGAGCACGUCAAGCUGGUGCUGGCGGGGGCGAUCCAGGUGGCGGAUAAGGUGUCGUCGGGGCAGUCGGUGCUGGUGCACUGCAGCGACGGCUGGGACCGCACAGCGCAGCUGACCUCCCUCUCCAUGCUGAUGCUGGACAGCUUCUACCGCACUCUGCACGGCUUCCAGGUGCUGCUGCAGAAGGAGUGGCUGGGCUUCGGCCAUAAGUUCGGCUCGAGAAUCGGUCACGGGGAUAAAAACCACGCGGACGCAGACAGAUCUCCUAUCUUCCUGCAGUUCAUCGACUGCGUCUGGCAGAUGACCAAGCAGUUCCCCACAGCGUUCGAGUUUAACGACCGGCUCCUUCUGACCGUGCUGGACCACCUGUACAGCUGCCGCUUCGGCACCUUCCUGUACAACUGCGAGAGCGCUCGCGACGCCAACGAGGUGAAGACGAAGACGGUGUCGCUGUGGUCUCUAGUGAACAGUGAUCGCUCGUCCUACAUUAACCCCUUCUACACCAUGGAGUCCAGCCGUGUGCUGUACCCUGUGGCCAGCAUGCGCCACCUGGAGCUGUGGGUGGGGUACUACAUCCGCUGGAACCCCCGCAUCCGACACCAGCAACAGAGCCCAGUGGAGCAGAGAUACCGGGAGCUUCUGGCUCUGAAGGACCAAUACCUGAAGAAGCUGGAGGAGCUGCAGCUGUCUGGCUCCGCCCCUCGGCUGUCCAACAGCACCGCCCCCUCCCCGGCCUCGCCCACGCAGCGCGUCACGCACAUGCACACGCCCUUUUGACCUGCAGUGCAUACAGAAUUUGCUCAGAGCAAGAGUGAGAAGUAGCCAUAACCAGAGUAACUAUAGUAAUAAAACCAUAAUGCAAUAAAUCACAGAGAAGCCUUCCCAGUUUAGGCCAUUUUCACAACAGAGAAGCCUUAAAGAAAUGCGUGUG